AUGUGUGUGUAUAUAAGGAGGGCCCAGGGUGCAUUCCCUCUAUUCGCCAGUGUCGAGCGCAAGAGCAAAGUCGGUGCGCACGCGGAGACCGAUCGCUCGCAGUUCCACUUCUCACUGACGCUCAGACUCACGAUGAAGACGCAAACUUCGCUCGUUCUUCUCCUCUGGAUUCUCUCCGUUGCGGUUGUGCUGAGCAGAACCGACAAUGAUCUUCCCCCGAGAGCCGGCACCGUCGCGACCCGACCAGAGGAGAGUCCUCCCGCCGUCUCCUCGCCGCCCCCUGGCCACGAAUUAUCUCCGCGCCCUCUCCCCGAAGACGACGAAGACUACAGCGACGACGACGAAGAACACUACAGCGACUACGACGAUGAAAACUUCAGCGACGCGGAGGACGUUGACUACGAGAUGAGCGGCGCGUCCGAAGGGCGUUUUGAAACGGAGCACCUGAUGGCGGCCGUGCGCGCGGGUCCCACGCUGCCGAGCAAGCCUCCCGUCGCGAAGGGCAAGAAGGGCAAGAAGACGGGCGAGGGCAAGAAGAAGGGCAAGGGGAAUAAGAAGGGCAAGGGGAAGAAGAAGUCGAACGACGGGAAGAAGAAGAAGGAUCAGCCGAAGGGCGAGAGCCAGACGCGUGGCCACUUCUCGGAAUGCCCCGAGCCGAACUACUGCGUGCGCGGCACGUGCCGCUUCGCCGAUGCGCUGCAGGAGCCCCAAUGCAUAUGUGACUCAGGUUACAUGGGCAUGAGGUGCGAGUCGGUGAUUCUGCCCGUCACAAAGGAGGAGAAUAACCUCCACACGAGGACCAUCGCUCUGGCUGCCCUGGUCAUCUCGUGCCUGGCCCUCAUCGUCUGCGCCGUCACCUCCAUCCUCUUUAGGCGGUCGAAAAGGAGGAGAGACAUGGACCUGGAGUCGCUGACUGGGAAAUACCGCGAUGGUCGCAACUAAAGAGGAGAGAGAGAGACAGACGAAGAUCUCGAGACGCCGUGUGAAGAGAGAGAGAGGAAGAGAGACAAAAACACUGCCCAAGUGCAAUUCACGACUCCUACUGAAGACGCUCAGCCAAACAAGCCCCGGUCCAUGUCGGCGAUUCACGCGAUCCCCAGUAUGCAACCAGGAGCCAUAUCUUAGGGUCAACCGCAUUUCAAUGUGUGUGCGUGUGUGUGUACGCAAGCACGCGUGUGUACACGUGUGUGAGUGCGUGCGCGUGUGUAUGUGUGUGUGCGUGCGCGUGUGUAUGUGUGUGUGUGCGUGUGUGCACGCAAGCACGCUUGUGCACACGUGUGUGUGCGUGUGUGUGCGUGCGCGCGCGUGUGUAUGUGUGUGUGCGUGCGCGUGUGUAUGUGUGUGUGUGCGUGUGUGCACGCAAGCACGCUUGUGCACACGUGUGUGUGCGUGUGUGUGCGUGCGUGCGCGUGUGUAUGUGUGUGUGUGCGUGUGUGUGUACGCAAGCACGCGUGUGCACACGUGUGUGUGUGCGUGCACGUGUGUACGUGUGUGUGUGCGUGGACAAACAUCGGUGGCUCUCAUAGGAAUGUCGCCUUUUCAGCCGUUAUCUUUUAGGGAGAUAAGUGGAGGGAGAUGAUAGCCACCACAUAUGAACAUAGAUAGACACACACCACGUUAUGUUAAAUACUGUUAUUUAUAUAUAUUGUAUAUAUAUGUGUGAACACAUAAACCGUUAUGUAGGUUUGGAUUAUUGAGUUCCUUCGUGACAUCUGUGUAUAUUUGUCUCAUACACACACUGGACAAACACAAAGAUCUCCCGUAUAGCUCUACAGAAUAUCAGGGCAAGUGCUGUUAGCGAGCACACCUCUGAAGGAAACACAUACAUGCUCGCACAGACACGCAAGGGUACACACACAGGGACACGCUGACAUACACAUAAAUAGCACAGACAAAGACACCCCGUGUAGCCUUAACAGACUAUUGGGGCAAGUGCUGUUAGCGAGCGGCACCUAUGAAUGCCGGUCCGACACACGAGGGGGUGGGUGGCCAGCACCACGCCCGGCCGCCUUUGUCUCUCUCGUGGCGAUGUUUAAACACCGUACCAGGUACUCGUUUGAGGCUGAGUCGAACCGGUUCAGAUAUUCGUCGGCGUUUGUUAGCCCUGAGCGGGAAUCGAACUCGGGAGGCCGGGUUCAUAGCGCAGCGCGCUCACCACUUAAUCACCUCUGCACUGCCGCUCCCCCCCCCCCACACACACACACCCAUCUGCCACACACACAAGAUGACAACAGCCUAGUGUUGGUCAAAGUAUAAGGUCAAUGCUCAUAACGAGAGUCCACGAUUGAGACAAUGGUUGAGAAGACAAAUUAUUGCGUGGCGUUGUUCAUUGUUCAAUCGGAACAAACGCACUUUGACACCCUGACCUUUGUGGUAGAGGCCAAUUUUCAAAAGAAACACAAAGAUAACGAGUCCCCGUAUAGCCUUAACAGGCUAUUGGGGCAAGUGCUGUUAGCAAGCACCUAUGAAGGCCGAUGGGUGGCCAGCACCACGCCCGGCCGCCUUUGUUUCCCUAGUGGCGAUGUUGACACAUCGCACCAGGUACUAAUUUGAGGCUGAGUCGACCUAGGGGAGGCCCAGGACAGGUUCAGAUAAUCGCCACCGGUGUUGGCCGUGAGCGGCAAUCAAACUCGGCUCACCGGGUUCAGAGGGACGCGUGCUACCGUUGCGCCACCACUCCGUUUAUUUAAAACAAACGGUGCGUCUUCUAGUCCUGAGAAUGCGGUAAUAAGGGGCACAAGCAAGGCAUCUCAGUGUUGCUACUGCUGAAUCAGAGUGUUGGGGACUAAAGUCUGAGUAUAGGACUCUCGUUUGCAAGCAAGUGUUGGAACGGGUGCGGUAUGGAGGCUGUUACAUGCAAUUUACGCAGUCACCAGUAUUAUAAUAUUUAGCUGUAUAACAAACACUGCCAGUGGGAGAAUUUUUUAAAAA